GACCAAACCUCGUCAUUCCGUGCUCUGUCGCUCGAUUGUUCCGUUAGGGUCCAUUGAGAGAUAAUUCAUGCCCUUAUAAUAAAACUCAUCUUUCGUCGUCACCCGCGAAGCUCUAGGGUUUCCCAAAAGACCAAACCGUGCAUCCAUCCGUCUAUCGGCUACAGAACCGAUGGAGAACGGGUCACAGCUGGGUCGCUCCCUCAUCAAGCAGCUUGCCUGCUGCAACAAGGCCACUCGAGACAAGGCUCUUCGAGUCCUUUUCAAGACGUGGCUUCCUUCACAAUCCCAACUUCCCGAUGACGACAUGAAGAAGCUCUGGAAGGGCCUCUUCUAUUGCGUCUGGCACGCGGACAAGGUCCCUGUUCAGGCUGAACUCAUUGAUCGCCUCUCCUCACUGCUUCUAGUUCUCGAUCUGGGUCUCUCUGAGCAUUACUUCUCCACUUUCGUGCUCACUAUGCGUCGCGAAUGGUCUGGAAUUGACGCCCUCAGGUUAGACAAGUUCUACCUCUUAAUUCGGAGAUUUCUCCACAAUUUUUUUGUUCUUCUCAAAAAGAAUUCGUGGGAUUUGGAACUUACCCAACGGUUAGUGGGUGUUUUGGAUGAGAGGACUUUCUCUGCCGAAGAUAAGUUGCAGGGCAAUGGAGUUAAUUACCACAUUGCCUCUAUUUUCUUGGAAGAGCUUAGGCCUUUCCUUCCCAUUCGGUCGCAAGUGCUUGAGGUUCUCUUCAAGCCCUUUAUCACCGUUAUGGGAAAAUUGCCUGAUAAAGUCUUGUUGGGAAAGAUUAAGUCUAAUAUGUUUGAUGAGCUGCUAAAGAUGGCGAAGAGAUUGUUGGAGGUUAAGAAGGCAGGGGAUGAGAUCGAUUCGGGAGAUGAUGUUUUGGUGCUUGGAACUAUAGGAUUAGUCAUGGGGUUCUCGAUGAAAUUUUAUGAGUUGGGCUCUUCACCUGAAUGCUGCCAGGGAAAUAGAAAAGUAUUGUUUGCUCUACAUGAGGAAUUUAAGAAGUUAGAGAAAGACAUGGCAUGUUCAGGAUUUGAGUUCUCAAUUCCUGAUGUUGAUGAUCAGGAUGAAGACAAUGUGCCAACUUUAGUUCCUAUUGCGACGACUAUGGAUGUGGAUGCUCCAGAAGGUGGUUUGGAAUGUUGUGAAGACGUUUCAAAGGUUUCUAAUGGAGCCGCUGGUAAACAGUUGAAAAAAUGUAAGAAGGACAAAAAAGCCUCUAUUAUCAAGGAGAAAAAGGCUAAGAAGAAACAGAAGCGUGAUCCCUCUUAUUCUAUGAAGGAGGAGAUUGCUACCGAGAAUGAGAAUCAAGUCAUAGUUUGUGAAAAUGGCUCAAACGAUGAACAAACCAAUAUAUUGAAUGAAUCUGUGAUUUCAAACCUCCAGAAGCAGUUUGAGAUUGUUGCUGCCGAAGCAGGCUUGGAUGAUGGAAUUGCAAGGGUCUCUGAUUCUCCUGAAGCUACCACUACGGGAACUGUAUCUAAGAAGAGAAAGAGAACAAAGACUUUAAAAGGACAGCAAUCUCAAGAUUCUGAGGUGAGUUGUGGAGAUGCUGAAGGCAUCAAAGCUGUUAAGGGUGGGGAGGGAAGUAAAAAGAAAGUAAGGUUUUCCAUGAAAAAUAACUUGGUGUGGAAGCCACAAAAUCCUUUACCUCCUCAGAGCUUGAGGUUGCCUCCCUCUGUUACACCCAGAGGAAGUGCACUUAAGAAAGGUGUACCGCCAGGUCCCAUCCGGGAGAUGCCGCUCCCAGCUAAAAAGCUGAAAUUGAAGAAGGCCAGGAAGGCAGUGAAGGGUGUUUCUCCAUCUGUGAAACGAUUGAGAAAAAUAAAAUCCCUUCCUGCAUGAUUCUAUGAUGUUCUUUGGCUACGAAGUUUUUUUUAAGUCAUAGGAUGAUGUUUCGGUAACAUUAUUGUCAGCACUGAUUUAUUUACUACCCUUGAAAGGUUAUUGUGGUAUCAAUUUUGUUUUCUGCACAAGUGAACAUGUGAAUUGAGAAAUGUGAUGUUGAGGUUACUUCGAUUUUUCACUUACAUCAUGAAUAUCUCCCACUUUUCAUUUUCAAGGAAACUCACUUUUUUAAUUCUUGAUGAUAAAUGGUAAUGUGGAUUCAAUUUCGUAAUGCUUUUAAUCUGAUACCUCUUUAAAUUCUUGGCAUAUUCCGCUGAAAGGUUUAUCAUCUGAUAUGAUCCUUACAUGGGAAUACCUGGCCAUAUUCUUAUCAAAGAUUUAUUGCUUUCAGCAAUCUGCAUCAUUAGCAGGUUUAUCUUGCCUAUGAUAUCAAAAGAUCUAUCUUGGAUGAUUGAUGGUGGAGCAUGAGGGCUCUUUCCUGAAUUCAAGGACUUGGUUGGUGCCCUUUUGCAUGGCUUGAUUGUAUUUGCUUUCCAUCGGCAAAUGCAUGAAGGCCCGCAAGUUGAGCAUAAGUUGAGAGUUUAUGAUUCUGUUUUGGGUCUCACUGGGUGGUGUUUUACUGCUUUUGAUUUAAGGUGGAUGAAAGUGAUAGUUGAUUGUUGAUUGUUGAUUGCGUUGGUGUUAUUUGAAUAAUGCCCUGUUUCUGAUGGUUAACAGGGAAGACGAAAGGAUCCAUAAAAGGGGCAGAGAGCUUGUGCCAUGAUGAACCCCUCUGGCGUGGUUGGUUAGGUAAAAGAGGAGCACUGGGGCUUUUAGUUUGUGCGGGACACAAUCACUUGACUUCCUGGUUAUUCAUUUCCCAUUGUUGAAUUGGAAUUUUUUUGGGGGCCCCAGUAAGCUGUUUUGUGGCUAGUUAGUUUUCUCUUGUAAAUAUGCUUACCACUCUUGUGUACAUGAAAAUAGGUAUGAAGCAACCUGUUUACUCUAGUUACUAUAGCCUUCUAUUUUGUUGAUAGCCAGCCAUGUCUUCAAACUCAAGGAGCUUGAAAUAUAUUUAUGUGGUUUCUUAAUUCUGAGCAAAUUAAUGAUGGAA